AUGUCAUAUGAAUACACCGAUAAUGACGAAUUCUACGUCGGUCAAGAAAUGACUACAAUUAGUCAAGGAGGUAAAAAUAUUUGUGGAAAAUUAAGCGAUCCAGGGGUAGUGACUUGUACACACCAAGAUAAACGAAUGCGCUUUAAAUUUGUACGUUUUAAUAAUUACGAAAAUAUUAUUUCUGACGACGAUUUAUGCUUGACAUUACAUAGGUACGAUAAUCUAAGGAGUGGAAAUUUUUUAAAUUUGUCGCAUUGUGAUGGAUCUGAAAAGCAGAAAUUUAUGCACUGGCGGGUAGUAAAUACCAAUGAAGAACAACUUGAUGGAACUUAUAUACCAAGAAAUCAAAAUUAA